UUCACUGUGUGCGUUGGGGCGCUCAAUCGAAAUCACCACCUUCGUCUUCUCUCUUCUCCAAAGACCUAGAUCACGCCUUUUAUCAAACAUCACACGCCCCAGAUCUGAUCCAUAAAUUUGAGACAAUUCCUUAGAAUACUUCAAAUUUCGCCAUGGAUUGGCAAGGGCAGAAGUUAGCGGAGCAACUGAUGCAGAUAAUGCUGCUUUCAUUUGCUGUGAUUGCAUUUGCAAGUGGGUAUGUUAUGGCUUCUUUCCAAAUGAUGAUUCUCAUAUAUGCUGCUGGUGUGGUUCUCACCACUUUGCUCACUGUUCCCAAUUGGCCGUUUUUCAAUCGCCAUCCUCUCACGUGGUUGGAUCCAAGUGAGGUGGAAAAGCAUCCCAAGCCUCAACCAUCUGCCAAUGUAACUCAAAAGAAGAAACCCGUUAAGAAGUAGGUUUUUUAUUGUUAAAAACUUUUUUGGCACUGAUAUAUCUUUAAAGUACUUGAUGCUUUGACAGUAAAUUGCAGUCUUAACAUCUUAUUGUCUUCUCACCCCUUUCCCCCAUCGCUGCAUAUUACAGUGUACAACUACAAACAAUUGUGUAGUUGUGUUGGUUAGCCAUUUACCCUUUAUUUCCUCG